GCCUCCUUCCCCGGGGCCGCCACUCGAGCCGUCGCGCCUUUGCCCCUGCCGGUAUGGCCCUGUCGCCACUCCCGCCGCUGCUACCACCGCUGCUGCUGCUGCUGCUGCUGCUGGAGGUCCCCGCUGUGGCGCGGGCGUCCUCGUUGGAAACGUCCUACCAGAGGGCAGCCACCUGCAAGGUCCAGGACCUGUGCCUGCGGCAGCCCCUCAGGAAGUCCUCGGAGCCGCUGGUGAACGUAAGCCUCUACUACGAGUCCCUGUGCGGUGGCUGCAGGUACUUCUUGGUCAGAGAUCUCUUCCCAACGUGGCUGAUGGUCAUGGAGAUCCUCAAUGUCACCCUGGUGCCCUACGGAAACGCUCAGGAGCGGAACGUCAGCGGCACGUGGGAGUUCACGUGCCAACACGGGGAGCAGGAGUGCAGGCUGAACAAGGUGGAGGCCUGCCUGCUGGACAAGCUGGAGCCCGACGUCGCCUUCAUCACCAUCGUCUGUCUGGAGGAGCUGGACGAAAUGGAAAAAAAUCUGAAGCCGUGCCUGGAGCUCUAUGCCCCAGAAGUGUCCCCAGAGAGCAUCCUGGACUGUGCCUUGGGGGAGCGGGGCACCCAGCUCAUGCACGCCAACGCUCAGCGGACCAACGCGCUGCAGCCGCCCCACCAGUACGUGCCCUGGGUCGUCGUCAACGAGAAGCCGCUGAAGGACCCCAGCCAGCUGCUGAGCCUCGUCUGCCAUCUGUACCAGGGUGAGAAGCCAGAUGUCUGCUCAUCCGUGGCUGCUGCCCCCCGGGAGGUCUGCUACAAGUGACAGUCAGGUCCAGGAGGGAGCAGGCAGGAAGGCCAGAGCCAGCCGCCACGCUUCUCCAGAUCCUCAGCCCUCAGCGGACAGGACCCCCCACCUGCAUAACUUCUCACAUUCCACAAAGCCCAGACCCCAAAUUCCAGCCCAUGACCCAGAACUUUGCCUCACUGAGAAAGGUGCGAAAUUGAAAUUCAUUUAAUAAAUAAUAAAUUCUG